AUGGCCGUGCCGACCAAUUGGAAAGACAACAAUCGACAUCUCCAGAUCUUACGGAAUGCUGAAAAAGGGCGAUAUGGCGUGAUCGCAGCCAUUGCGUACAACCUCGAGCAGAUCUACGGUCUUGUUGCCGCUGCUGAGCAAGCUCAGUCACCCCUCAUCCUCCAAUUCUUUCCAUGGGCGGUGACCUACGCCGACGGUCUGCUCGUCAGGACUGCCAAGGAAUCCAUCAGCCGAGCAAGCGUGCCUAUAUCGAUACAUCUGGACCACGCGCAAGAUGAGAAGAUCAUCAAGCAUGCGGCCGACAACCUCCCGUUCGACAGCAUCAUGGUUGACAUGUCGCACUAUGAGAAGGAGGAGAAUUUAGAGAAGACCGCGACAUGGGUCAAGUACUGUCACGAGCGCGGUAUUGCCACGGAGGCAGAACCCGGGAGGAUUGAGGGCGCUGAAGAUGGGGUGAUGGAUACAGCCGGGCUAGAAGCGAGCAAGACGACGCCUGAAGAGGUUGACCAGUUCAUCGCUACAGGCGUUGAUGCUCUGGCUCCGGCUUUCGGUAACGUCCACGGCGAAUAUGGAAAGCAAGGUCCGCAAUUGGACUUCGAAAGGUUCGACAACAUACAAAAACAGAUUGGCGGGAGAGUACGAGUUGCUCUUCACGGCACAAAUGGAUUCCCGUCGGAUCUUAUGCGGCAAUGCAUCGCUGCAGGGGCGACCAAAAUCAACGUGAACAAGUUGGUUCUAGACGAAUAUUACAUGCACCUCAGACAUCAAGUUGCGCGGGUAACACACACCACUUUAAUCGAGGAAGGGACGUAUCAUGUGAAGCGACAAACGAUGGAAUGGAUGGAGAUAUGCGGAUCAGCCGGAAAAGCAUGA